AUGGCUACAGAUACCAUAAUAAAGGCCAUUGCCAUAUCUGAUAUCAAUAGAAUUACCUCAGGACAGGUCAUCGUUGAUUUAAUAUCAGCUGUCAAAGAACUCAUAGAUAAUAGUAUUGAUUCUGGAGCUGAUCAAAUUGAUAUAACAUUUCAAAAUUAUGGUAUUGACUCUAUUGAAUGUUCUGAUAAUGGAAGUGGUAUUUCCGAAGCAAAUUUUCAAACUUUAACAUUAAAACAUUAUACGUCAAAGCUAACUAAUUUUAAUGAUAUUAUGAAUAUUUCCUCCUUGGGGUUUAGAGGAGAAGCAUUAUUUUCAUUGUGUAACAUCUCGAAAUUAUCAAUAACCACUACUGAGAAGGGUCCUAAAGCAAACAAAAUUGAAUAUGAUAGAAAUGGGAAAAUUAUUUCCAAUAAUAUUACAUCAAGAAAUAAAGGUACAACGGUAGAAAUUAAAGAUAUGUUUAAAAAUUUACCAGUAAGAAGGAAAGAAUUUAUCAGAACAACAAAAAAUCAAUUUGCCAAAUGUAUUACACUUUUGCAAAGUUAUGCCAUUAUUAAUGAAAAGGUUAAAUUUACAAUUGUUAAUAUUAAUAGUAAUGGUCGUAAGAAUGUUAUUUUAAGAACAAACAAAAAUGAAAAUAUGUCAAAGAAAAUUUUGAAUAUAUUUGGUUCAAGUUGUCUUCGUGGAUUAAUACCUCUUAACAUAUCGUUAGACUUAGAUAAUGUAAAAGAAGAGAUCCAACGAAGGGAAAGUAAAAUUAACUUAUUAAUGAGUGGAUCUGAUUUACAACUAAAACAAAACGAUUUAGAUGAUAUAAACUAUAAAAUAAAGUUAUCAGGGUUUAUCUCAAAGAGUUCUGUUGGGAUUGGUCAUAACUCUAGAGAUAGACAAUUUAUUUAUAUAAAUAGAAGACCUGUGUCUUAUCCGGUAUUGAAUAAAUGUUUUAACGAAACAUUUAGAAGUUUUAAUAAUGAAACCAAUGUGAAAUAUCCAAUUUUUUUUGUCAAUUUUGAGAUUAAUUCAAAUUUAAUAGAUAUAAAUGUUACUCCAGAUAAGAGGACAGUCCUGCUUCAUAACGAAGAUAUUAUAAUAGAUUCACUUCGAGAGAAUUUGGUAUCGUUUUUUGAGAGUCAAGACGUAUCUAUAGUCAAAUCAACAACUCUUGAAAAAAGAAAAAGAACAGACGAAUAUCAGGAUGACAGUGACAGUGAGAUAAAAACUGAAGAAUUAUCCAUGGUACAGGAUCAAAACUGUAAACGACUUAAGAGAGAACAAUGUAAUAUAAAAACAUAUUCUGAUAAAACUGAUUUCUCAGAUAUCUCUAUUGAUGGAAACAUGAAUAAUAAUGAUACUGAGUUAAGCUCAAUCAUGGAUAUGCAUAAAGAGGAUUUCCUUUCUCGUGAUUUUCCAAGUUCACAAGGUGAAGAGAAUAGAGUGCCAAAUUCUGAACCGUCUUUUAAUAAAGAGCCCGAACUUUUCGAGGGGAAAGAUGAAGAUGAAGAAGAAGAGGAGGAGGAAGGAGAAGAAGGUUAUACUUCUGAUCGAAAUGAAGGAUAUGGUAUCCUAUCUGAUGAAAAUUUAUCUAACAAAAAUUCAACCAAUGUUUCAGGUAGUAAAGUAAACAUUAGCGAUUUUAAGAAUCCUGAAUACGAAAGUGACGACAACUCUUCUCAGAAUAAUUUUUCUGAGAUAGAAGAAGGAAGUAAUAAUGAUGUAGUUGUUGUUCAAGUUGGUGAUGAUAUUAUUCAUUCUCAGGUGAAAGUUACACCAAAUAAGGGAUUAGUAUUUUUAGACGAGCAUGAAAAGAUGUCUGCCAAUAAAAAAAAUGAUACAUUGUUGAAUGACAAUGACAAUGGUCAUUUAGAUGAUCAAAAUAACUCAUCUAGUACUGAAGAAAAUAGUUAUGACCUUGUUGAAAUUACAAAACCUAUGGAAACAAAUAUCCGUACUCCUGUAAUGAAAUUUGCUGAUGAUGUAUAUAGUAACCGGUUAAAAUUGAGAGCUAUCUGCGAGGAACGAGAAAGGAUUUUUAAAAAGAAAUUCGAAAUAUAUGAAUUGGACAUGUCUCUAGAUAUAGAUCCAAAUAAUAUGAGCCAAGAAUAUACUGACGUUGUCAACACGAUUAGAGAAUGGGAAAAACCAAACAAAGAAGAUAAUCAUGAAAAUGUCGUCACUGACGAAGAAAUGAUUGGUGAUGACAUUCAAGAAAUAGCUAGAAAAUUGACUUUAACGAUAAACAAGACUGAUUUUAAUGAUAUGAGUAUUGUAGGCCAAUUUAAUCUUGGUUUCAUUAUUACGACAAAGAAAAAUAAACAAAAUAAAAAAAUGGAUCUUUUCAUCAUUGAUCAACACGCAAGCGAUGAGAAAUAUAAUUUUGAAAUGUUACAAAGGGACACAAUGUUCAAAUCCCAAAGACUCAUUGCACCAGAAAAAUUGGAAUUAAAUAUUAUAGAUGAAUUAACGACCCUAGAUAAUAUUGAAAUUUUAGAGAAAAAUGGAUUUAAAUUACAGAUCGAAGAAGAUGCAGAACCCGGAUCACGUAUUCAGUUAAUUAGUAAACCGACCUCCAAGAACACCACAUUUGGCGUAGAUGACUUGUAUGAACUGAUUAGUAUGAUUAGAGAACAUAAUGGUAUAAGAAAAGAUUAUAUUAGAUGUUCGAAGAUCCGUUCUAUGUUUGCUAUGCGAGCAUGUAGAAUGAGUAUCAUGGUUGGUAAACCAUUAAAUAGGAAGACCAUGAAAAAAGUAGUUGGUAAUUUGAGUACACUUGAUAAACCUUGGAACUGUCCUCAUGGUAGACCAACAAUGAAACAUUUAUUGGAAUUAAAUGAGUGGAAUUCGUUCACAGAUGAUUAUAAUAUUUAA